AGACACUCAUGACUUAAUCACUUCCCAAAAGCCCCCACCUCUUGAUACUAUCACAAGGAGGAUUAAGUUUCAACAUGAACUUUGGAGGGUCACAUUCAAAUCAUAGUUCCUCCUGCCCUUAGGAAACUUACAGACUACUGAGGAGACACAGUGCCUUGUUGUUGGUACUUUUGCUAAGCACUGUGAAGGAAAGACUCAAAUGACAAGAAGGGGCAGCCUUGAGAACAGCAAGGGGGAGAGAGUUCCAGACAGGGAGCCACACAUGCAAAGACCCUGGGGUAGAGUAAAGGCCGAUGGGCUCACAGGGUAACUGGAACACAGGUGAGGGCCAAGAUAAAGCUGGAGGCGCCUAGGUUGGGCAGAGCCCUGCAAACCGUGGUAAGGGGUAAGAACUGUAUUCUAAGAGCAGUCGGAAACUGAAUGAGAUCCCUCCAUCUGCUGUGUGCAGGGACGGGAGAGGGGCUAGGAGUGGAAUUUGGGGCAGAGGAUGAGAAGUCAGGCAGGACUGAAUCUGUGGUAGUGGUAGGAGACGAAUGUGCGAGGGCCUUGAAUGAAGGGCUUGGUUUCCUUUUAGAAGCACGUGGGGUAAGGGGAAGGAAAGGAAUGAAGCCUCAGCCCAGCCCGGCUUAGCGUACCAGGCCCCAGCAGGGGAGCAGGGUGCACAUCAGCACCUGCAAAGUACUUUUUACAGCACCCUGAGUGCUGGCAUCUACAGUGGCCCAUUUCAUAGAGGAAGAAGCAGGCACAGAGAGGUCAGGUGACUGCCGCCCAUGCCGUCCUGCCUUCCACAGGCCCUGCUGCAUGCCCUUGGAGGCAAGGAGUGGAGAAGAAAGAGGCCAGGAGCAGGCAUAGGUCCCUGCCUCCCGUGAACAUAUAAGCAGCCCAGCGGGGCACAGACAGCUCUGUGCCAGGGUCACAUCCUGUGAGCCAAAGCGUGAACUCAGGCUGGGAGGAGUGCAGAUGAGGGAAAGGGCGUAACCAGCCUGGGAUCAGGGAAGGCCCCGGAAGUGGUGGCAUCUGAGCCAAGCCUUGAAGGCUGGGGAAGGUCAGACAUAGGACGCUAGGCACCUGGGACUCGGACAAAGGCCGGCAGGUCAGAGAGGCCAGGACAGACUCCAGGACUAGAGAGUGGCCCUCCUGGGUGGUACCUGCAGGGGAGUGGUGGGACCCGGGGCCGGCACAGCAGGUGGGCUCCUGGGGCGCCUCUGCAUGGAGUGGUCCUGCAGGCCAGCAGAGGCCCCAGAGACCCUCGAGAUGGGGAAACGACAAGGGGCUGGGUUUUCACGCGCUGAAUGCGUGUCAUGAACGAGUCAUGAGUGGUGACGGGCAGAAAGAAGUCCCUUCUGGUUCUUUAGACUCUGAACUUUGUCCAGAUUCACAGCACGGCUGAGGAGGGUCCUGCAUGCCAUGGGCCUGCUUGCCCCCACCUCAGGGCCUCAGCACGUGCUGUUCCCCUCUGCCGCGUGCUCCCUGGCUCGCACCUCUCUCCGGCACACCCCCGCCAUCUUCCCUAGCACGGGCCCCUGUUUUGCUCUUAGGUUAGUUUGUUUUUGGCAUCCAGCAGGACAGGGAUUUUGCAUCACCGCUAUAUCUCCAGGACGCGUGCCAGGCACUUGCUAGGCUCUUGGGAAAUGUUUGUCAAUUGAAUGACUGAAUCAGACCAAAGUCCCCCCCGUUUAGGGAUGGCCAAACUCAAUCCAGCAGGAGGAAGUCAGCUGCCCAGCCCGCAGCCAGCCAGUGGCAGAGUUGGGAGUGGAACUCUAGGUCGGGCCCUUUCUGCUCCACCUCACAGCCUGGCGAGGGCAGACCGAGAGAUGACCUGGGGACGGAGGGGGACAGAGCUCAAAGGAGCAUCCCACAUACCACACAGCUUAUGCAACAGCCCCUCCUCCUUGCUGUGGUCUUCACACCCUGACGGUCCUGCGGUCCUUGGAGUCAGGGGAACCUCUGGGGAACUGGUGAGCUCAGAGACUUGGAUGUGCUGAAUGCUGCCCACGUGCCGGUCCUGGGACGAAAGCAGGAAGCAAAGCAGCCCCCGUCCUUGCUUCCUCAGAGCUGCUGCCAAAGAGGUCUCCGAGCAGGAGGUGUGAGGGCUGUGAGUGCACAUAGUGGUGCACCGGGCCCGGGAGAGGUGGCACCGUGGAGAAGUGACAUCCAUGGGCAGGAGUUAGCUCAGGCACCUGGGAAGCCAGGAGCUUCCAGGCAGACGGACCAGGGGACUUUGUGCAGCUGCCUGUGCCCAUCAUCCAGCAGCUGUACCACUGGGACUGCGGCCUGGCCUGCUCCAAGAUGGUGCUGCGGUACCUGGGCCAGCUGGACGACGGUGAGUUUGAGAGCGCCCUGCAGGAGCUGCGGCUGACCAGGAGCAUCUGGACCAUUGACCUGGCCUACCUGAUGCGUCACUUCGGCGUGCGGCACCGCUUCUGUACCCAGACCCUGGGCGUCGACAAGGGCUACAAGAACCAGUCCUUCUACAGGAAGCACUUUGAUACGGAGGAGACCCGGGUGAACCAGCUGUUUGCACAAGCCAAGGCCUGCAAGGUGCUGGUGGAGAAAUGCACAGUGAGCGUGCAGGACAUCCAGGCGCACCUGGCGCAGGGCCAUGUGGCCAUCGUGCUGGUGAACUCAGGGGUGCUGCACUGCGACCUGUGCUCCAGCCCUGUCAAGUACUGCUGCUUCGCCCCCAGCAGCCACCGCUGCUUCUGCCGCACACCCGACUACCAGGGCCACUUCAUCGUCCUGCGCGGCUACAACCGGGCCACCGGCUGCAUCUUCUACAACAACCCCGCCUACGCCGACCGAAUGUGCAGCACCAGCAUCAGUAACUUUGAAGAGGCCAGAACCAGCUAUGGCACAGACGAGGACAUCCUCUUUGUCUACUUGGACAGCUGACAGCUGGAGCCUGGUGUGCCCAGGCCCUCAGACCCCAUCCCCACCGCAUCCGGGCCCACUCAGGAUGCCCCGGUCCAGGCCCGGGGCUGCUGGAGCCGGGAUGCGGAGCUGCAGCCUCAGCCCAUCUGGCAAAGCCCCAGGCAACUCUAGGAGGUUGUGACAAGGCUGCUGCGUCUGCUGGUGCUGUGUGUUGCCGUGCUGCUCACCCUGAGCACCUGCUGGGUGCUGGAAGCGUCCCCAGAGCAUCUGAGAGGAGCCUUCCCCCAGGACCCUGGGCCCGACUCCAGCCGUGCCCAGAGAAGUCCAGCCCCAAGGGUGCCCUUCCUGCCUUCGAGCUGGACCCAAGACUAGGGAGAGGCCUAAGCUAGUCUCCCCGUAGACGCUGGGACUGAGCCUGGGGAGAGAAGUCGCUUGAUGGAUACCAGUUGUCAAGACAGCAUCUGGGUGUUCGGAGACAGUGUAGCUGA